AUGGACGCAGGAUCUGCCAUCAAAGCUGCCGCUGCAGCAGCAUCCUCCGAAGAAGCCUCCUCUCCGCAGCCCGAAAACCCGAGCGUGGCCGUAAAGCAAGUUAAUCUCCAGCACCAGGGCUGCGAGGAUGUGUUGAAGGAAAUCCUGGUCAUGAAGGAAUAUAAGAACCCCAAUAUUGUCACCUACCUAGAAAGCUACCUUGUCAGUGAGGAUGUCCUGGUGGUGUUGGAGUAUAUGGAUGGAGGCUCCUUAGCUGAUGUGGUCAGCAUGAAAAGGAUGGCUGUAGGACACAUAGCAACAGUGUGUCGGGAGUGCCUGCAAGGCCUGGCUUUCCUUCAUGCCAACCAGGUGAUCCACAGAGACAUCAAAAGUGACAACAUCCUUCUGGGCCGGGAUGGCUCCGUCAAGCUGGCCGAUUUUGGCCUCUGUGCUCCGUUCAGCCCUGAGCAGAGUAAACGGAGGUCGAUGGCUGGGACCACUUGCUGGAUGGCACCCGAGGUGGUGAGAAGAGAGCCAUACGGCCCCAAAGUGGACAUCUGGUCCCUUGGCAUUGUGGGAAUAGAAAUGGCCAAAGGAGAGGCUCCUCCGGCACGUCUCCUCUGUGGACUGCUCCUGCCUCCCACGUGGCCAUGGCUAAUAGGUACAAGGCUCUGCAAGUGGAUCGAAGAAGGUGGGCACAUCUGCUGGCAGUACAGGAGAGCAGAGAGGAAACAGCCUGGCAGGACCCUGGCCAGCAAGGCAAGGCACCCGCUGGACCUGCUCUUUGUCAACAGAAAAGGACUGCCCAGCCCCAGACCUAGGGAUCAGACGCAGGCGCUGCUGCUGCUGCCACUGAAGUCAGCGAGGAUUUGGUGGUUGGUUUCCAUCCCAGCAGAACUGGUCACUUAUGAAGCCGGCUGCUGA